CGUGAAGAAUCGACGGCUAUCCUCAUUCCCAAACAGACCUCUUACGCCAAAAACCCUAAUCUGUUAACCCCUCGCCUAUAUAAACUCGACCGAACCUUACUAUUGGUAUACUCGGCGGCUCUAAAGCCAACCCUAAUUCUUAAGGUAAGCGAAAAUGGCGGUGCCGUUGCUGACGAAGAAGAUCGUGAAGAAGCGGGUUAAGCAGUUCAAACGCCCACAGAGCGACCGCAAGAUCUCUGUCAAGACAAACUGGCGCAGGCCAAAGGGUAUUGACUCUCGUGUAAGAAGGAAGUUCAAGGGAUGCACAUUGAUGCCCAACAUUGGUUAUGGUACAGACAAGAAGACCCGCCAUUAUCUUCCUAAUGGUUUCAAGAAAUUUGUUGUGCACAACGCCAAGGAACUUGAGCUGCUGAUGAUGCACAACAGGACCUACUGUGCUGAGAUUGCACACAAUGUGUCCACAAGGAAGAGAAAAGAGAUUGUGGAGAGAGCCGCCCAGCUUGAUGUUGUUGUGACCAACAAGCUUGCCAGGUUGCGCAGCCAGGAAGAUGAAUGAGAUUGAAAUUUUCAUAUGUUGGAUUAUGUUUUGUAGUGAGCUUUUUUUAGCAUGUGCACAUUUUGUGGGGGUUUUCUUAUAUUUUUCCCAAGAAUUGUAUCCAGUUUAUAGACAUCCCUGUGGGGUGAUACUUUUAGUUUAAAUCAUGUUGAGCUCUCUAACAGUCA